AUGGAAGGAUUGUCCAAAGGCUGCGAAGCCUAUCGAGGGGCUCUCCUGUUAAGGAAUGAGAAGGAAGGGAAGGGAGCAGCAACAGUUACCGUCUGUGGCCACGGUAACUUUGACGUCACCCAUGCCUUGUCCUGCAGUACUGGGGGAUUCCCCAGUAUUCGACACAAUGAAAUUCGAGACCUCACGGCUGAUGUUCUGCGUCAGGUCACGCAUGGUGUGUGCACAGAACCGAUGCUGCAGCCAGUCACCGGAGAGAAAUUCCGGCUUCUGUCCACAACGACCGCUGAUCAGGCUCGUCUUGAUGUUGCCGCCAACGGAAUCUGGGGUGGCCGAUUUGAGCGCACCUUUCUUGAUAUAAGGGUUUUCAACCCCUACGCUGCCUCAAAUCGCGCUGCCUCAGUUUCCUCAGUGUAUGCACGUCAUGAAAAGGAGAAACGCCGGAGAUAUGAGCAGCGUCUGCUUGAGGUUGACCGCGCCACGUUCGUGCCAGUAGUGCUGUCAGCCACUGGUGGCACUAGCAAGUGUGCAUCGGCCCUGUUCAAGCGUCUUGCCAGCAUGCUAUCUGACAAGCUGAAGGAGCCGUACUCCGUGACGAUGGCAUGGCUUCGCUGCAAGCUAAGCUUUGCAUUAGUCCGAGCUAGCGUGAUGUGCCUUCGUGGGGCAAGAUCAUCCGCACACCGUGUCACCAGGGACCCCGCGUCUGUAGUGGUAGCCGAGGCACGUGUUUCCUUGCAGGACUGUUGAACUAAAGUCAGACAUGUACAUUUUUGUCUAGAGGUCUAGUCAUGUACUUGUCAUGAUUCUUUUCUAUUUUUAUUCUUUUUACCAGGCGUGGGCCAUCCCCUGGAUUAUCAAAAUGGGUGCCUUAUUAUUUUCUUUUUUUCUUUUUCUUUUUCUGUUUAUUCUUUUUACCAG